GGUCUCUUAGAUAAACAAUUUUCCUUAUUUUCUUACGCCCUCUGUCUCAAAAUAAUUAUCCAGUUUGAAUUUUUACUUUUUAGUAUUUUCUUUCCCUGGAUUUUGAGACAACUCAUCCGUCACAUUGUCCUUCCUUUGUUCUUGGUUGAUAUAAUGUGGCUGAAAUAGAAAUGGAAGGCAAAUUAACCAGAACCUAAACCAAAACCAGAACCAGUACCUAUUACCAAAAAGAGAGAGAGAUGGAAGCUGCCAAGAUAGAGAUAAUAUCGAGGGAGUUGAUUAAACCCUCAACACCAACCCCCGAUGAGCAGAAAGAGCUUAAAUUCUCUUUUCUUGAUCAGCUUCAAGGGCAUGCUUUCAUGCCUCUUCUGCUCUUUUAUCAACCACCGCAGCUAUUUGACUCAAAAGAUGCUAAAGUCGUUGAUCCUUCCGAAGCUACACGGCACUUAAAGCAGUCUUUAUCGGAGUCUUUAACCAAGUUCUACCCUUUGGCAGGCAGGCUCAACCCGGAUGAUCAUCAUCUCUCCGUUGAUUGUGAUGACUCUGGAGCUCUAUUUAUGGAAGCCAAGGUUGAUUCUUCCCUCUCAGAAGCUGUCCAGAAUACUUCUAUGGAGAGUUUUGCGCAAUACUUGCCAUUUGAUCCCUUUUCCAAUCAGGUUAAUCUAUUGGGUGCUUACCCAAUAGAUGAAAUACUAUUAGGAGUUCAAAUCACUUGGUUUGGAUGUGGAGGAAGUGCCAUUGGGGUAUGCCUUUCCCACAAAGUAGCCGAUUUGAUGUCCUUGAUUACAUUCAUGGAUUCAUGGGCCGCAAUAAAUCGCGGAGACGGUAGUUCAUCUAAAUCCAAACCCAUCAAUUUUGAUGCAGGGAGGCAUCUUUUUCCCGCCCUAGAGUUCCCUAUUCCUCAGAAUCGUGCGGAUUGGAAAGAAAAGUACGUGUACAAGAAAUUUCUUUUCAACAAGGAAAAGAUAGCGGAAUUGAAAGAACUAGCGAUUUGUGCUUCAUCUUCGUUGAAGGAUCCCACUCGUGUGGAAGUUAUUUCCGCUUUUAUAUGGAAGCAUUUCAUCAAUAUGGGACGAGCUCAACGUCAAGAUGGUGAUAACAAAACAAUGUUUCAAAUGUGGAAUUCUAUGAACCUGAGAACCAGAAUCAGUAACUUGGCUUCUUCAUCAUUGAAUGAUGAGUUUCCUUUCGGGAACUUGUCGAUCGUUGCAACUGCUUCAUUCAUUCAUGAUGAAGAUACGAAGAAAACAGAUUAUGGCAAUCUAGUUCGAAUUGUUAGCGAUUCAAUGAGGAAAGUAAAUGAGGAUUAUGUUUUUAAUUGUGCAGUUCCUUCACUGAAACUAUCUGCCGCAGGUGUCGCCGGACUGGAAGAAAUGCAGAAACCAACAAUGAAGAUAAGUGUUAGGGUUAUCACCAGCUGGUGCAGAUUUCCAAUAUAUGAAGUGGAUUUUGGUUGGGGAAAACCUGUUUCAGCUGGUCCGGCGUUCGGUAAGCCACCUGGACCUGUGGUUCUGUUACUUGAUACAAGAUGCGAUGACGGAAUAGAAGCAUUAAUUGUCAUGUUAGAACGUGAAUUGGCUAUACUUCCGAAUGAGUUUCUUUCACUUGCAACUAAUUUCUUUUGACGUGAUAUGAUUAUUAUAAUCGCCUCUAGCAGAACAGGAGCGGCAGGACUUUGUCAUGCUUGUCAGGUCAAUUUUUUGUAUCUUUAGUGCUCGCAAUUACGUUGAAGAAUUCUAAAUUCAUAAAGGUAGUUAAUUUUUGUUUUCCAAUUGAAAUGAAAGUACAACCUGAUCGAGC